AUGGCAUGGGUAUCCAUACCUCGAUGCAUUUUGGGAUCAGACGAGAGCGGCAUGUGCAAUGGAACGUUGGCAGGCAGCAAGAAGGCUAAGAUUGUGCUCGCUUUGCUUUCCUGCAUUAUAGUAGUCGCUUACAUUUCUCGUAUUUAUUUAUUUUUUGCUGGCAUAAUUACUUGCAUUGUACUUGCCCGACCUUCAUGUAUAUACCGUGUGACGGGAUAA